AUGGAGAGGGCUGUUCAAUCUUUGAUGGAUAUGGGUAUCCCAGAAGAUGUGGCCAAAAAUGCUUUAAAUAAAGCGGGUGGCAAUAUCGAAGCAGCAGCAAGCUACAUAUUUUCGAAUGAAUUACCUGACGAAAUUAACCAACCAAUCAGGGAAAAUGUGAAAGACAGCUCUUUCAUCGGUAAGGGUGAGCAUGUAGAGUUAGCAUCGUCCGCGAAUGGCUUCAAUAAGGGUGAUCUCUCAAAUAUAAUUGCUACGACAAGAACUGAGCAAAUAAUUGAUACAGAUUCUGAUGACUCCGAUGUGCAGUUUGAGAGCUCCCCACCGAAUACAUCGGACGACAAAUUGUCCAUUCAUAAAUUUGAAAUUGACGAUAGUACAAUCGUUUUACCUUUGCCACCAAACUUUUUAUUUGAAAACUACUUUGCCUUAUUUUCUCUAUUUGUUGUCAAUUAUCUCCCGCAGUACUUGUUCAGACCUGAUUUCAAGGACUUGAACUAUGACAAAAACUGGUUCAAGGGAAUCAGCGUAAAUAAGCCUUUAUUGAAGCUAGAUUUUAACGAGGAGCAGGAACUAAUUCCAACAGCAAAAUCAGAAGAUAGUAAUAUAAUGCAGCCUGAACUACUUUGGCAGUUGCAAAAAUUCGGAUCGAUCGUAAAUUCAACCAUUUCAGAUAGAGCUUUUGUUCGUUCCAAGAUGUUCGCCAUAGCAUUAGAUUCUCAAAUACAAAGGAAACUCGGUGAAGCUGAGCACCUUUAUGAAAUACUACCGGCUUUCAUAAAAUCUUUGGCCAUUGAUCUUGAAAUGUGUCCAGACUUUGACACAAAUGAGAUCAAAAAUUUAUUCAUUUCAUCAGCAUUUCAUACACCGUCGGUUGAUGAGUCUACUAAACAAACAUGGUUAUCUUUGUUUCAUUUUUUGCCUGAAGAGUAUGAUUCAAAUCUUUACCGGAUGUUUAAUGCACUUCUGCAUCCUGACGAAUCAAUUAAUCUUGAAAUUAAUCAUGAAAACGAUAGCGAAGCAGAGAAGAACGAAAACUCUUUGGAUGUGAUUGCGCCUAUUCUAACCAUAGUGUUUGAUGAAAUGGACGAAUCCACAGAGCACGUUAACCUCACUGAAGGUGUGGAAGUUCCAUUAAAAUUUUACCCUCAAUUAUACACGAAGAAAUGUAAGGAUGAAUUAAUCAGACCAAUUUUGGAGAAAAGGAAACAGGCGCAACUAUUAUCAAGGAGCAUCUUACAAGAUAUUACAAAUUUGAAAAGCUUCCAAGGUAAAGAUAUUCUGAAGUUUUUGAACAGUACAAUAGAUUAUUUGCAGCUUGACAAUAAGGAUAGUGAUUUGAUAAACCAGCUACUGUUAUUGAAAGAUGAAAUAUUAUCAAGGAAGACCACUAGAACUAACGAAUACAAACAUUUAGCUCAACAAUUACAAACAGAGUGGAACUUAUCACACCCAGAAAUAUCUCUUGUGAAUACCGCAAAGGACAGAGGUCUCAUAGACGAACCAUACAUCCUAACAUUGGCUGCAAUUUCGCCCUAUAACUACUUCUCAAGAGACAGAUCUGGUACUUGGCACUACGUGCACUGCAACAUGGCAGGAUCGGAUUUCAAGGUACGAACUUGCUCUUCCGAACUUGAAGUUCAAGACUCUAUUAAACAGUGUACCAAGCAAGCAAGUGAAUCACCUUUAAUGUUCAUAUAUUGCAAAGAACACUUUAUUCCGCAAAUUGACCAGGUCAACAGGGCCCUAGAAAUGAACGAAGGCUGCCUAAAUUUUGCGAAACUGGACCAGCUGGAACUGAACAAGUCUCAUCAGAAGCACCAGCAUGAGGAGUAUGCCCAUGAUUAUAGUGCGUAG